AUUCCCAACAUUUAGAUCAGAAAAAUUCCAAAUCUUCCUGUUUCGUUGCUUUAGGAGCUGUGUGCAUUGUCUUUACGGAGCAAAUGGGUGACACGGGUACUAAGCAGCCAGACGCUAAAGCUCAAGAAGAUCAACCCAUGCUCCUGGCCGCGCUGUUUGCCGUCAUCAUCCUGCUGUUGAUUCUGAUCAUACUGUUCAUCAGAAGAUGCAUAAAAUGCCACAAGAAGAGAGCAGCGGCUGUUCGAUACGUAAAUCCAGCUCUGUCUUCUUCCGACACACAGAAUCCUCUCAUUGAUGAGCGCGUCACCAUAGUGCUCGAAGAAAUCGACCACAACAAUGUGACUCCGCAGGAUGAAACACCGGAAGUGGUUGUUGAAUACAGUAAUCUUAAGUCGUACCGUGUAUCCCUCGACCAGUUUAUCAGAGAGGUGGACAAUAAACGUGAGAAAGAUGGAUUCCGAGAGGAGUUCAAGGAAAUUCCAAAUGGAUUGUUGGAACUUCACUUUGCUGCUUUGAAAAAAGAAAACAAAUCAAGAAAUCGGUACAAAAAGGUGUACCCUUACGACUAUUGCCGUGUUGUCUUGGAUACCGAUGAUAACACCGGAGGGACUGACUACGUCAACGCCUGUUUUGUGCACGGCUUCAAUUUUGACAAAGAGUACAUUGCUGCACAAGGUCCAUUCACGAACGAAACUCUCCUGGACUUUUGGCGACUGAUCUGGCAGAAUAGAUGUACACGUGUUGUCAUGCUAACGAAUCUGUUUGAAGGGGAUCGGAUGAAGUGUCUCCAGUACUGGCCUGAAAACGAAGACAUGCGCUUUGGACCUUUCCUGGUCAGACCAGAAAUGCAGGACGUGUUUGAACAGUACACUGUCAGAAGACUCGUGGUGGAGAAGGGAGACGAGAAAAAACGGGUGACCCAGUAUCACUUUACAGCCUGGCCGGACUGUCGGGUUCCGGAAGAUAUGGACACGCUGUUGGAGUUCCGGAAUAUUGUCAUCAAAGACAUCGCACCGGAAGAAGGACCGAUCGUUGUCCACUGCAGUGCCGGAAUUGGUCGCACCGGGACAUUUAUUGCUCUAGACUACCUGCUGAAGGAAGUGAUGACAAAAGAUAGUAUUGACGUCAUCAAUUGUGUAUCAAAACUGCGUCAGCAGAGGGCGUUUUCGAUUCAGACAGACAUGCAGUAUGCGUUCCUACAAGAAGCGAUUGUUCACGCUCUCACCCACCAUGAUUAUCUUACUGGGCCCUUCCUUGAGGUGGAUGGAAUGUGACUAACGAGAAUAAUCUAGGUCUAACUCUUAAUUUUCAAACGGGAAUGAUACCAACUACCAAAGGGUUCUCCCGAUCAUUAAGAAGAUAUUAAUUAAUCAGAUCAACACUUAUUGAUUAAAAUUAAAAGAUAUGAUAUUUUUGCCUGCUAAUGAGCGUUAAAAAGGCAGAAAAAAUGCAGAUUAAAAGGUA